AUGGGCGAGCUCUUCGUCGUCUCGAGCCGUGACACCUGCUACCAUUCAUCCGGCUCACCUUCAUCUCUCCGCCUUCAAAACUCUCGUAAUGAGUCACGGAGGCUAUCAUCACCCCGAGUAAAGAUAACUGCAGAUCUUCCAGCCUCAAACUGCUCUGUCAUUGUCGCAAAUGUCCUCGCAGCCGACGUCUUGGUUGUCCGUGCUGUCGCACUGCAAUAUGACAUGAGCGUGGAGAUUGUGUAUUCUAUAGCGUGA